AUGGAGCCAAUGUCCAACAAGCAGGAUAGCAAUUCAUCAGAGGGAGAUGAGAAAGGGUGGCCAGAUGUGCCGAAAAGAAAGAGCAAGAACAGCCAGUGUUCGGUGAAGAGUAUGUCUGGGUACAUCCCCAGCUACCUGGAGAAAGAUGAACCAUGUGUGGUCUGUGGGGACAAGGCCACUGGAUACCACUACCGCUGCAUCACCUGUGAGGGCUGCAAGGGCUUCUUUCGCAGGACCAUCCAGAAGAACCUCCACCCAGCUUACUCCUGUAAAUAUGAAGGUUGCUGUGUCAUCGACAAGAUCACCCGCAACCAGUGCCAGCUGUGCCGCUUUAAGAAGUGCAUCUCUGUGGGCAUGGCCAUGGACUUGGUGUUGGACGACUCAAAGCGCGUGGCCAAGCGGCGUCUGAUAGAGGAGAAUCGACAGAAAAGAAAGAGGGAAGAGAUGGUGAAGACGAUGCAGACGAGGCCCGAGCCAACAAACGAAGAGUGGGAGCUGAUCAGGAUGGCAACCGAAGCCCACCGGCACACCAACGCUCAGGGCGCCAGCUGGAAACAGAAGCGCAAGUUCAUGCCCGAUGACAUCGGCCAGGGUCCAAUUGUUCCCACUUCGGACGGCGAUAAGGUGGACCUAGAAGCCUUCAGCGAGUUCACUAAGAUCAUGACCCCCGCCAUCACCCGUGUCGUCGACUUUGCCAAGAAAUUGCCCAUGUUCUCAGAGCUGCCUUGUGAAGACCAGAUCAUCUUGUUGAAAGGCUGCUGCAUGGAGAUCAUGUCGCUGCGAGCCGCUGUACGCUACGACCCAGAAAGUGAGACGUUGACGCUAAACGGCGAGAUGGCUGUGAAACGGGAGCAGCUGAAGAACGGCGGGUUGGGCGUGGUUUCGGACGCCAUCUUCGACUUGGGAAAGAGCCUGGCUCAGUUUAACCUGGACGACACGGAGGUAGCUCUGAUGCAGGCAGUGCUGCUCAUGAGCUCAGACCGUUCAGGGCUGACCAGCAUGGAUAAGAUCGAGCAGUGCCAAGAGGCCUAUCUGCUGGCCUUUGAGCACUACAUCAACUACCGCAAGCACAACAUUCCCCACUUCUGGCCCAAGCUGCUGAUGAAGGUGACUGACCUGCGCAUGAUCGGAGCUUGCCACGCCAGCCGCUUCCUCCAUAUGAAGGUGGAGUGUCCCAACGAACUCUUUCCCCCACUCUUCCUUGAGGUCUUCGAGGACCAGGAUGUGUGACUUGAAGAGACGAUGCCACCCCCUAAAAAAAAGCCUGGACAGAAAAGCGUAGGAAUGAAAUCGGGGUGUUUUUUUUGUUUCUUUAGUUUUUCAAAAGAGGAAGUGUGUGGGGAAGUAAAAAAUUAGUUUUUUUUUUUUUUUUGCUUUUUUUUUGUCCAACACCAUCAAGACCCUCCACCUGCCACCAGCAACACACGCCAACAUCAUGAGAGAGAAACACACUGACAAUCCAGCUUUUCUUUUUGUCGUGCUGAUAGGUACACACACAGAGUACAAAGCUGUAAACAGUUUAACAUAUUCAAAGAUUCAAAUUCCAAACACACUGCCAUAAACAUUCACUAUCUCUAUAUGCAAACAUAAGUCUCUUCAAUUAACUCCUCUCACACCCAUAAGCUAUACUCUGGUCCGACACUAAUGCAAAAUGAGGGGCUACUCCCACCACAUCCACCUCCACCUUUAAAAAUCUUUGGGACCUGACCAUUAGCUCGUCAGACAACCCCCCGCACCCCUGCCCAUCUCCUACACGUCUCCAUAUCUGCAAUGGCUUCCUCCAUCUGCACGUGCAGCCCUCCCCUAAGGGUUCUCUUGAGUGUUUGUCGACCUACCUCCUUCACACACUGACCUCUCCUUCUCUUUCUGUCUCUCAUACAGUACACACAGAGGAAAACACACUACAUCAACGCUCAAAACACACCCAUACACUCUUACCUCAUACCUCAGAAAAUGUUAACCCUAAACCUCUGCUGUGUUGCAGUCGGAACACUUUGAUUAAGCCCUUAUCUAUUUUGUAAUUUGUAUUAAAAAAAAAACCUGAUUAAUAUUUGUAUAUAUAUAUAUAGCACUACAAAAGUUGCUGUGUGGGUUAAUUAAGAAAAUUAAGUGUAAAAAAAGUGAUGGGAACCUCACGGUGCUUUCUGUGAAGAUACUGAAUGAAGAGUCUUGAUCUAAGAUUCACUGUGCGCUUCAAGAAAGAGUGUAUCGAUGUGUAGAAAGUUACUGUCGUUAAACAGUUCAUGCUUAUCCUGUGAGCUGAGUUAAAUCAAUAGUUCACUGCUGAGUUUAUCAGAAAAGUUGCUUGAUAACUUGCUAAAUAAGAAAAAGACUGUAUGCUAGCUAUAGCACGAGAAAGAAAUUGUUAGCGACUAGCCGGUAAGGUAUACUGUAGCAUUUAGCAGCUAAUUUGUAGGAUACUUUUAAUUUAUCACAGCACAUAAAGAAUUAUUAUUCUUCCAAACAAUUUUACCGCACUACAAAAUUGCAAUCUUACUGUAUAGUAGACUUUUAGGGUGUAAUGUCUGAAUUUGCACCCAGCCCAAAGGAAUGCUAUCGUGGCUAACUAAAAGCCUGGUGUUUAAAUAGGUAACUGUUUGCUAACAAGUUCAGUCAGUGAUUAUAGACUUUUCUGCUGCCAACAAAUGGCCAAAGCAACCUGUGAAGUUAGCAUGUUAGCAUACUAGCCACUUCUAUUCUUAAUUCUUCUUUGGCGUUGCGUUUGGGAUAGGGGAUCUUGCUCCAUAUAAAUACAUUCUUUCAAAACUUCUAGUGCACAGUCAGUAAAUAUUUUAACAGAAAGCAUUUCUUGAUUCAUUACAGAAUUUAAUGCAAAAUGUUUUGAAUUUGGAUUUUAAAUGUUUAGUAAAUAAAUAUUUUAAGUAAUUUCAAAAUGAAGUUUUCAGCUGGGCUAUAUUAAAGUGUUCCCUCUAGAAUCAUAACACGUUG